AAUAUGAAACAGUGUUCCAAAGGAAGAUUCAUUUUGAGAUAUUUUUUUACAAACAACAAAAAAGUGUUUAUUGAACUCAAGUUAGAAAAUAUAAAAUGAUCCCAUUGGAUUACUUUUUAGUCCUUUUGGAUUAAUCGUAGCUGAAAAUCCCAAAUUACUAAAUAUUAAUACCACCGAUAUAAGAGUAUGCUGCAUACGGUGAGCCGUGCAGAUUUCAUUCGAUCAACGAUUAAAAUAUUGGAAAAGUAUAUGAACCUUGCAUUUGAACAGAGUAUCAAGCAUGGGCCUCAGGCCAGACAGUUUGUUGUUUUAUUUGAUAUGGCUGGAUUUAAUGUGAAACAGUAUACAUGGCGUCCAGCCGCCGAAGUGGUCAUUUCACUCAUAAAAAGCUACGAAGCAAACUACCCGGAAAUCCUUAAAUAUUGCUACAUAAUCAAUGUGCCGAAGGUGUUUGCUAUUGUGUUCAAUAUUGUAAAGAGAUUUUUGGACGAAUAUACGUUGGGUAAAAUUCUAAUUUUCAAGCAAGAUUCAAAAAAAUGGUUGCCUAAAAUGCUUGAACAUAUCGAUCCAUCGCAAAUACCAAAGUAUUUUGGUGGAACUCAAACAGAUGAAGACGGUGACCCGAAAUGUAUGCACAAGUUGAAUUGGGGUGGAAAAAUUCCGAAAGAGAUGUAUGUAAUGCGUGAUGAAAAAGACAAUAACAAUGAGGACUUUAUCGAUACUAUUAUAAAGAAAGGCUCGAAAAUAAAAUUGGAAUUUAAAUGUAUGGAAUCUGGAUGUGCUCUCAAGUGGGAAUUUCGAACGUUCGACCAUGACAUUCGAUUCGGCAUCAAGAGGAAAAAUGAAAAAACGGGCGAAGAGAAUAUCGAAGUCGAUAUGAAACGGGUCGCCUCGCAUCAAUUGGACGAAGAGGGUUUUAUAACUUGUCAACCGGAUUGGACCUGUGAGGAUAACACAUUAUUUUGUUUGCAUUUGCGAAAACGCCACGACCGAAAAACCAAACUAUGCAUGAAUAUGAUGCUUUGUAAAGGGCCAUUCUGACAACAAUGAUUAACUAUAUGUUCGCGCCGUAUACCGUGUAUUACAUUCGCAUACAUUCGUAUGGAUGUAUGUCGUGACAUUGCUAUACGGCGCCUAACAAACAUGUAUUUUGUUUGUACUGCUCUCAGCAGGCAACGUUAUUUAUUACGGCAUGCGAUGAGUUAUUUAUCCCGCUAGAAAUAUCCUACUGCCUGCUGAAAUCAGUACGAACACACAGCCUACAGACACACAUAGCGUAAUAAAGAGAUAAUCGUUUUGUUCUGUUGUUGUGUGUCUAUUACGCUUUCAACAGAUUCCAGCAAGUCGAUGUGUCUGUUGUCGAUAUUUUGUUGUCUGUAAAAUUCUGUAUACAAUUGUACAUAAUGGUGCACGAAA